GUUUUUACACACUGAUGAUAUCGAUCAUUAUGCAACGAAAUUUAAAUAAAAAAAUAAAUGACGUAAUGUUGGUUGCAUAAGCUCGCAACCAAUUGCGACACAACCUCACUUUUUUUGGCGGGAAAAGUUGUCACUGUGUUUUGCGUGAUGAGUGCCUCUUUGUACAAUGAAGACAGCCUCCCUGACCUGCUCCCCAUCUACUACAAGCGUCUGUUCCCCCAUACAGCGCUCCACAAAUGGCUUUGCUACGGUGACCCCAACGUGUCCAACCGGCGCGAAAUUUCGUUCACUCUAGUCGGAGACAUUUACCUCCGUUACCAGAGUUUCGAAAAUGCGGAGGACUUUGCCCAAGCGCUCCAUAAACGCUUCCCGGUUAAAAUCGAUAUUGGGGCUAUUUACAAGCAGCGACUUGAGUCGUCUGGAAGUUACUCUAGCUCCAAAACACCAGUCGAGCGAGAGAUUGUGUUUGAUAUCGAUAUGACUGAUUAUGAUGAUGUUCGGACUUGUUGUACGGGAGCUGGGGUGUGCCCCAAAUGCUGGAAGUUUAUGGUGAUUGCGUGCAAGAUUUUGGAUGGGGCUUUACGGGAGGACUUCGGUUUUGAGAACAUUUUAUGGGUGUUUUCGGGUCGGAGAGGCAUCCAUUGUUGGGUGGCUGAUAAAAAGGCCCGGAUCUUGGAUGAUAAUCAACGGUCGGCUAUUGCUGAAUAUUUGACUUUGUUGCGAGGGGGCCUUGUGGUACGAAAAGUCAAGUUUUUCAACAUGCAUGCGGCCACUGAGAGGGCCUUAAAAGUCAUUGAUGAAUAUUUCGAAAAGUCGAUUCUUGUCGAACAGGACAUUUUAGGGACUUAUGAGCGCUUGGACGCUUUUUUGGGCAACAUUGACGAGGGUUUUAGUCCUUUGUUUCGAGACGCAAUGACCAAAGUUCAGACUUCGGUCGAGCGCUGGAAGGCUUUUGUUAACACUUUUCAGACGUUACAAAGAGAGCAAAAAAUACCAAAACACUACAGAUACAUGGUUGAGGAGAUGAAAUUUUACUAUGCGUAUCCGCGACUUGAUAUCAACGUCACCAAAAGCUUAAAUCACUUGCUGAAAGCGCCGUUUUGCAUUCACCCGAAAAGUGGCAAAGUUUCGGUGCCUUUUAAGCCCAAAUUCAUCGAGCAUUUUGACCCAGAUGCCGUACCCACAGUCAGCCAACUCUUGGACGAGAUAAACACCUACGAUGCCAAAACCAAAGCUCAGGAGAAAGAUUUAGCGGAAAAUUCCCAAACCAGUGUUAAAAUAAAAGACUACAAGAAGACAAGUUUACUCAAAUAUGUUACAAUUUUUUGCGAGUUUUUAAGAGGCUUGCAGGCUUCAGCUGCCCGAAACAGGGCCAUAAAAAAUGGAACUGUAAUGGAAUAUUAAUUAGUUUACGUUUUUUAUUACUCAUUGUUACUGAUUACGAAAUAAAUGAACAUUUAUAA